UCACAGGACAGAAAGAAGGAGGGAAGGGUGGAGAGUAGACAGAAAGAGAGAUACUGCCUCCCAUUGUGCCUCCUAAGAGAAAGGAGGACAAGUUGAGAGGAAAGUUAGGAACAGAGAGGAUACAAAAACGCGAGACGGAGAGAUAUUUGGACCCCGGAUUUAAGUUUCAGACUUUGUGGAGAUGAAGCUUCUCCUCAGAGCUCUGAGUGCUCUGCUCUGCUGCUUGCUGUGCUCCUCACAAACACUGGAUCCUGCUGGGAGGAACGUCUGCCACAAUAUCAGGGACCCCUCCACCCUAGUCUGUUGCAAUGGAUGGCGUCAAGACGGAGAUGAGUGCACCAUACCUGUGUGUGAGGGUGAGCAGGCCUGCCUGAAAGGGGAGAUUUGUGUGUAUCCCGGAGUGUGUCGCUGCCCACCUGGCUUCUACGGAGCUCACUGUAAAACAAGCUGUCCUCCUGAGUUCUGGGCUUCAGACUGUCGACAGGUGUGUCAGUGCCACCCACACGGUCGCUGUCACCCCGUCACCGGUGAGUGCACUUGCAACCCCAACCGCUGGGGUCUGCUGUGUCAGUACACCUGCAAGUGCUCCCGACAUGGCCACUGCCAUCCCGUCCAUGGAAACUGCACCUGUGACGAGGGCUGGUGGACGCCAACUUGCUCAAAGCCGUGCCAGUGCGUCAGCGGGGGGUCUACGGGCCCGGGCUGCGACCAGCUAACAGGCCGCUGUCAGUGCAAUAGAGGCCACUGGGGACUGAAAUGCCCCGUUCCUUGUAACUGCUACAUGUCACCAUGUAACCAGCGCAGCGGUGUGUGUGAGUGCGAGGCAGGGUGGUGGGGACCCAGCUGUGACCGGCGAUGUAUAUGUGACCUCACACACAGCAGCUGUGACCUAGCUAACGGGCAGUGCUUGUGCCACCCGGGGUUUCACGGGGACUUCUGCAACCAGCCCUGUGACGCUGGGAAAUACGGCAGUGGCUGUCUAAGGAAUUGUGGUUACUGUAAAGACAACCAGCCCUGCUCUGCCACUGAUGGCGCCUGUGAAGCCUGCGAGCCCGGCUGGAACGGUACGAGAUGUGACCACCCGUGCCCGUCUGGUUCUUAUGGUGCCGGCUGCCAGGAGAAGUGUCCACGCUGCAGGAAUAACGAACCCUGUGACCCAAAAACUGGGAAAUGUUGGAGGUGUGACCCUGGAUGGACUGGACCCAGGUGUGAGGAGGCCUGCUCUAACGGGAUGUUUGGAGAUGCCUGCAGCUUCCUGUGCAGCCCUUGUUUCCAUGGUAACUGCCACUAUGUGACGGGAAGAUGUAUGUGCCAGCCAGGCUUUCAGGGAGAGAGCUGUAACAGCAGCUGCCCCGCCCUGCAGUUUGGCCUCAACUGUUCCUUCACAUGUGACUGUGGAGAGGGGGUCAGCUGUGACCCAGUCACUGGUGUCUGUCCCAACAGUGGCAGAGCAGCUGUACUGGCUGGUGUGCUGGUUCCUUUGCUCCUGUUGCUCCUUGCUGUGCUCUUCUGCUGUUUGUGUUGUGGAGGAGGACCAGUUGAUGGCAAAGACAGAGCGGCGGUUGCUGAUGGAGGCUUAUCAGUUCGGAUGAAAUAUCAUGUCUACAGCGUCCUGGCUAACAUCGGUGCUGCCCUCCCCUGUAUUUCUAAUUGGUCCUCUGGCCUGCCUCGAGUCACUGUAUCUCACCAUGAUCCAGAGCUGACGUUCAACCACAGCUUCAUUGAGCCUCCUUCCUCUGGCUGGGUGACUGAGGGCUCGUCCUUUGACAGUGAUGAGGAGGAGGGAGAGGCGCUCUACUGUGUCCCUCCGAGAGAAGACAUCCCUGCGGUGGCGGGCGGUGAGUUCCAGGAGAUGAGCUCCAAGUGUAACAUGUUUUUAGACCCGUCGGGCUUCAGCAGUGAGGACAUCACCUCGCCCUUCAACAUCCCUCGCACCUCCAGCAACGCCAAGUCCAAGCGGCCGUCUGUGUCUUUUGCAGAGGGCACCCGUUUUAGCCCCAAGGAGAGGCGUGGCUCAGCUCAGGACCCCGGCGCUCUCCCAGGACACACACGCAACAAACCCAAGUCACCUUGGGGGGUUUUGAUGCUGUCUGCGCUCCAAAGUCCAGGGAGUGCUGCUAGAACUGGGGAAGAAGAUAGAGCUGAGGGCGAGGAGGAGAAAGACAAAGUGGAUGAGCAGCCAACAGACAAUCAAGAGUCAAACUGUGAGGCAGGGGACCAGGAAGUAGACAGAACCCCUUCUCGGGCCACCCUGCAGGUCCCUGGGGCAUCAGGACGAAGACGGACUAUGUCCAACACAGCUGCUCAUAAAGGGACGCAGCCGACAUCAGCCUCUGAUGCUCAGGUCUUAAAUAAGGUCACCACUGUGUACGUAACGGUGGGUAAGGCAGGUAGGCCCAUGUCGAAGACAGAGACGAGCUCUGAAGGCCCCGUUCAGGCCAUGCUGCGACGACUCGGCAGCCUCCAGAGACAAAAAGAGGAGUCUGGCAGGUCCAAGUCGAAAACAGCUGAAGGGAUUACCAAACCACCGAGGAGGAAGCUCGGCGCUCGAGCGAGCGUGUGGGAGCAGGGAGGGCCGCCUGCAGGGGAGGUCGGCAUCUGUAAGCCAAUCCGGAGAAAGCAUGCUUCUGACACGGCUGGUGCUAAUGACACUCCGUCAUCAGAGAGCGGCACUCCAAAAAGGCCUCUGUCGUCCAUUUUGAAGAGCGUGCCAGAGGUGAAUUCAGCUGACUCUGGGUCAGAUCUGAGGUCUGAGGGUGGUGAUACCAGCACAGGAAAAACUGAGGGGACCUACCUGACUGUGGGACCAGCAGGAGACGCCGUGAGUCUCACUGAGGUCAUCGCCAAUGAAGGCGCAGUGGCCAGUGUGAGUGAUGAACCCUGCUAUGAGAAUGUCAUGAUUAAACACACAUAACCUUUGAGAAACAGCACGUCAGCAGGUCUGAUCCGAACACAACUGCAUGUUUAUUACUCUGCAGUCAUUAAGUUACAGCCACAAAGGGAAAACUCUGUUAUUUGUUUCACAUUUAUGCACCAGUAAAGCUUGCAUAUCGACAUUUACAAAGCAUUUGUUAUUUCAAAAAGUACCUUUACCUUUAGCCUAAAGUCUACAGAAUAUAGAUAAAAACACAAGAAAUUUAUAUUCAGGGUUCCUACACAUUUUCCAAUUAAAAAUUUGAUACUAUUCCAUACUUAAAUUUCCAGACUUCUUGGUAGCUUUUUCAGACCAUAUUUGACAUGUUAAUACAAAUAGCCAGCCCUAAAACAAACUUGCUUUUAUCUACUGUGGCCUUUUGAUAACAUUACACAGUCAAACGUCUCUGCCAGAGAGGAAGUAAACUAACCAGUGAUGCAUAUACACAUAUUAUUUUCCCCUCAACAUAUUAAAUGAAUAUUGUUUAUUCGUGUUUAGUUUCUUUUAUAAUUAAGAAGAAAUAAAGAGUUGAGAAAAGUUACAUAAUUUAAUUUUCACAGCAUCAGUGGAGCCUUCUUUAUUCACUGUGUUCACUGAAAUGACGAUUAAUGCAGCCAUAAAGGUCUAAACUCCUAAAUGUUCAGACAAGCUUAAUAUUUGGUUAUUUGUUAUGUAAUGUAUAUUAUUUAAAGCUAUUGCUGCAUUGUCUUUUUAAACUAAUUUGGUUGCAGAUGUCCAGAUUUGGUUUAGUUAUAAGACACUGUUGGCGGUGCUGUGAUCAGUAGCUGCAGAGGCAGCUCUGUGUAGGAGUGUGUGUUCUGUUGCAGCCACGCUUCUUGCCUUGCUUUUGACAACAUCAUUACUCUGUCCUGUACUGUCUCACACAGAGGUAAACAUUUUGGCUGCGCUGGCUACCUGCUCCAAAAAGAACUCUGUUUGUAUGAUCAGUUUAGCUUUAGUAAUUCUGAAUUUUAUAUUUUAGAAAAGAGAGAAAAGAAUAGAAGCAAUAAUCAAAAAACAAAAACAUUUUUUCCAUACUCUCUUUUCUGUGUCCAUAAUUAUGCAUAAUAACUUAAAUCAAAUUCCAUACUCUUCUAUACUCUGUAGGAAACCUGGAUAUUUUACAUUGAAAGAUAAAAAAAAACCCCUACAGAAUAACAAGUGGUAUUUUGUCAAUUUCUCCUAACAAUACCAUUGAUUGCAUUCGGUAACUUUUCUGUAGUUUUGCAUGAAUAUAAGCAAUAAUUGUAUUUAUUUCCUCUAGUUAUGCAUGUUGUAUUAACUGUAUACAUAUUGUCCUGUAAUACAGAAUGUACCAAAGUACUGUAAUAUCUGGGCCUGUGUCUGCUUCUACUCGGAAGAGAUAAACAGACAUAAAGCCUGGAGA